UAAAAGCCGAAAGAGUUUUAUUUUGGUAUUGUGUAACAGGGAAAGAGACGCUUAAAUGAGGCAAGAGGGAAGUUCUGGAGGCCAAGAGCCUCAGCAAGAAGAAUUAGCCGAUACCGAGAGCUUGCUUCAACAUUCAGAGGAUCAACUAGAUAUAAUAGAAAUGGACCAAAAACCAACCAAGUGUAACCGCAAGAAGGGGGUUCGUGUGAUAGUAGUAUCAUGUCUAGUGUUUGCAGUGGCUGUGACGAUAGCCCUGAUAAUUGACAUAUAUGUUGGCGACCACCAUACUGGGCAUGCUGCCGUUUCUUCAGACGUUAAGGAGUGCUCGGAUAUUGGUCUGGACCUGAUGAAGAGGGGAGGGUCUGCUGUAGAUGCAGCUAUAGGGGCCCUUCUCUGUGUUGGACUGAUGAACCCCGAGAGCUGUGGCAUAGGAGGAGGUGGCUUCAUGCUGAUUGUCCCUCCAAGAAAGAAAGGUGAAGUCAUCGACUUUAGAGAGACAGCACCAGGGAAGGCUUCUGAGGGAAUGCACAAGGGGAAUGAAGAACUCGCAGCUACGGGGGGUUUGGCUGUUGCUGUCCCUGGAGAACUAAGAGGCUAUGAAAUUGCUCACAAGAAAUAUGGAAAGUUGAAAUGGGCUGAACUGUUUGCACCGACAAUAAAGCUUGCAAGAGAUGGGUUUCAGGUUUCUGCCCAUACAGUCAAAGUCUUGAAAAAUCCUAAAGUGGAGAUGAGACUGAAGAAUGGUAGUCCACGUCUUUUUAAGAUGCUCACACCCAAUGGAACACUUCCUAAGGUUGGAGACAUGAUAAGGAACAAAGAACUUGCAGAUACUCUUGAAAUAAUAGCAAGAGAAGGACCUGAUGCAUUUUACACAGGAGACAUUGCACAGAGUAUUGUAAAGACUGUCCAAGGAUCAAAUGAUGGGGUAAUUACCUUAGACGAUUUGAAGAAUUACAAAGCUUUGGAGAAGGAUGGGCUCAACUCUACAUAUGAAGGCUAUCAGAUUACCACAAUACCUCUACCAGGAAGUGGUCCUGUUCUUUUCUCGGCAUUGAACAUAUUGGAACAGUUCCAGUUCUCAAAGGCGGAUAAAGGAAAGAAUGAGACUUAUCAAUACAUUGUUGAGGCACUUAAGUUUGCAUAUGCACAAAGGACGCAUCUUGGAGAUCCAGCAGAUCCUGCUAAUGCACACAUGCAGAAUGUCACAAAUGCCAUGCUCAGUAAAAAACUGGCAGCAAAAUUAAGGAAGAAGAUUUUUGCCAAUCAGACAUUUCCACCAUCAUACUAUGGGCCUUUUUUUGAUGCUGCGGAAUCCCAUGGAACAGCUCAUUUAUCCGUGGUUGGCCCAGAUGGUGAGCUUGUUUCUGUCACAAGCACGAUAAAUGGAUAUUUUGGGUCAUACCUUAUGACAGACACAGGGAUUAUUUUAAACAAUGAAAUGGAUGACUUCUCUUCUCCUGGGAUAACAAAUCAGUUUGGAAUCAAACCAGCAAAGGCCAAUUAUAUCAGGCCUGGAAAGCGCCCAUUGUCAUCGAUGGUGCCAGUGGUUGUCCGACACAAACAGGAUCCGUGCACGUACAGACUUGCUUUGGGUGGAUCUGGUGGUACUCGUAUCACUACUGCUGUUCUACAGACUCUGAUCAACAUACUGUCAUUCGGCAACUCCCUCUCAGAGGCAGUUGAAAGACCAAGAGUCCAUCAUCAAUUUAGUCCUGAUGUGGUGGAGGCCGAAGGUGAACGAUUUGCCAAGUACGACGACACUCACGUGAUAUCGUACCUUAGGCAAAUAGGUCAUAAAGUCAAUACCACAGGCUUUCCAGUGGCUGACGUAAACGUGGCCGAGAAUUAUCAUGGCACCAUGCGUUCCCAUAGCGACAGCCGUCGGGACGGAAGUGGUUCAUCGCAAUACUAAACGGCUCACGAAGUUACAUGUCAUUUUCUUUUGUAUUUUCUAUUUAACGAUAAGGGCUAUGAAGUACAUGAAAAAUGACUUCAUAAUUUAUUUAUGUGGAGUGAAUUCUAAUCACAUUUAGGUUCUAGAUAUACUUUAUUUUACCCAGAAAGGAAUGCGCAGCAUGGAAAUCUAAAACUUGUGGAUUUUUUUUUUACCAACCAGUCACGACAAAUUAUCUUUCAAUUCUCUCUAAAAAAAGAUACAUAACUUACCAUUAUAUCGUCGGGCGGUGAGUUGAUAGGUAUUUUACAAUAAAGGCUGUCAACACUUUGUAAUACAGUGACUAAUCAUAGACUCCGAGUAAGCCUAGGAAUUAAAUUUUCCCGGAAUGCAUGCAA